AUGAUCAGAAUUUCUAUUCUUAUUCUCCUGGCCGCUAUCACUGUUUCUUCCUAUGAGGUAACUUUCGAUCGACAUUUUGCAACGGAAGAGCUAAACAAAGCUGCGCCAUACUAUGACCUGUCCUCUUGGGGUUAUUUGGGUGGCCAGCUUCCCAAGGUCUACCAUGUUUCAAACAGCAAUUAUACAUACAUCCCAGAGCUCGCCUUUCAGGAAUUCAAUGGCAUCAUUGCUGGCAAGCAAAAUGCAUCUCAUGACCUUUUCACCGGUCCGGAAACUCCCGGCGUGGAGAGAAGAUAUAACACCAAUCAACUUGCCUUCAGCCUGAUAGGCGACAGUGGCCGAGAUGGCUAUCUCAUUAAUACCGACGGGGCAUGCUGA